CUGGGAAACGCCCGCGCCGGUUAGGGCAGGCGUGGCCGUCGGGGCAGAGGGCUGUGGCCGGCCGCGGGAAGGGGUUCAGGCCGGGAGGCCGGGACGCAGGGGCGGCUGGGAGGCGGUGCUCCAGGGCCGCAGGCGGACGCGGUCUGUGAGCGGCGCCCGGGCUGCGGGGCAGGCGCCUCGGGAGCGCCGGCGCCCAUUUUGCCCGCCCGCUGACGCGGCCUACACGCUCCAGGGACAACCCUGAGGCAGCUCCGCCGCGCGGGUCAGCCUCUCGAGCCAGUGGGACGCUCUUUGGGAAAUUCCGUCCUAAGAUAGUUAAGGUUUUAUUUCGUUUUGUUUCCAAGUUGCGGCCCCUGAAUUUUGUCCCACUCUUCCCUGGACCACUUCCGCUUGCCGGCCCUUGCCUGGAAACUUCGGUUCGGGUGACCUCGGCCCCAGAUGCCCCUCUGCUCGCCCCUGGCUCACGUCCUGAUCCCCGCUUGACUGACCCGAGGUGGGGGACCUGGAAGUUUUAGCCUCGCUGAUCCCGAGGCGGAUUAAUUAGCCCAAGAAACAUUAUAUUCAUGUCAGGGGAGUACAGGAGCUGUUGCUUAAGCUUUUGCCUGAUGAUUAACCUGGUGCUGGGAUUCUAGGAAGAAAUGCUCCUCUGUUCUGUUCAGUAUAUGGCAAUCACUUCAUCCACCACUGCAGUGCACCCACCUGUGGGCCUGGGGGAGGGAGUGGGUUGAAAAACUGCUCAAGAACACAGAAGUUUAGGAAGGGUCAUGAAGAACACCGCAAGUGGAACUGCAGAGAGGGGGUUACACAGGCAGAAAGCGAGUCAACAAAAGCCCUUAGUCAGGAUUCGUAACUUGAAAUUGACUCCUUUGGAAAUUGCCAUAGAACCUUUAAUGGACAUCAUCAGCCGGAACUGGGAUCUGAUGAAUCCCACAAAAGUCAGCACCUGCUACACAACAGAUGCUCUGAUCACCAAGGACUUGGUACUGAUUUAGAGAGAAGAGAGCAGCUCCUAGCAGCAUCAACAUCUAUUGGUCGUUUCUUUGCCCUGCAGCAAUUCACCUGCCUUUCCUUCUCCCAUCCUUUUACUGGAUAUGCUGCAGAAGGAUCCGUGCCAGAAACAAGCCUGUGAAAUACAGAAAUGUUUACAAGCCAACAACUACAUGGAAUCUAAGUGUCAGGCUGUCAUCCAAGAACUUCGUAAGUGUUGUGCUCGCUAUCCCAAGGGAAGAUCUCUCGUCUGUUCAGGAUUUGAAAAAGAAGAGGAAGAAAAGCUGAAGUCCACAUCAAAGUAAAGUUCUGCGGAGAAGUUCAAUGCUGCACCACCUUUCCACCAAGCGAGUUCUAUUUAUCCUCCUGACUCUUCAGGCCAGGUAGCAGCAAAUAGCAAAUGAAAAAGUCAACUAUAAAAGUUAAUAAAUAUGCCAUCUAUGCAGAACAGAUAGAAAUAUAUUAAAUAUGUAGAAUGUAAUAAAACUGAGCUGCUAAAAUAAACCUGUUAUGUGAAAAAAUUUUGGUUUGGUACU